UUUUAGCAGCUCACACAGGGCCCCAUUGUGAGGGGAUCAGGAACAUGAAACUGCUCUCAACACUCGGGGCAGGGUAGCUCAUAAAUCACACAGUGGAGUGCCUAUGCAGCUGUGGGGCUUAUGAGUCAUGCUGGGGGCCAUUUGGUCAUGGUAUCUCCCAUUGGCAGAAGGGGAGUGUAUUACAUGUUGGGGGAUUUGUCAUUACCCAGGAGAGAUACUAGUAGAAAAGUUAGACAUAUUCUGGGCAUAGAGCUAAGUAGCUCUAUGUUCUGGGUAAGAGGUUUUUGCUAUGAAGCGCUGGCCACAAAAUUUGAAGGGGGGACUAUUAGGUCUGAAGAUUUGCGACUGGGUGCGUGAUGUACAUGUACAGAUCGUUUUGCCUGUUCAUGAAAAAGCAUGCAUGGACAUUGAACUCCCCUCCCAACCCAACUUCACAUGUGUGAAACAAAGUUUCAAAAAAUCCAGGCGAAAAGCAGUUAAAUUUUGCUCCAUAGCUCAAAGAUGUGCCAAGGGCACGAAUCGGUUGAACUGAACAUCCAUUACUCAUUUUGGUACAUGUAUAAAGGCUAACACACACCUUUUCACAUUCAAAUAUUCAGGUUUAUUGUCCGGACUGAAUGCAUAGAAAUUCAGGUUCCUCAAGCCUUUCAAGGUCGUCAUUACAUAAAAUCACAAUAGUAAUGACUUAGGCCUAUAGCCGCUCCCCAUUUCCCUUUCUGCCGUUUCACAGGUUGAGUUCAGUGAUGAGAAAAAAAUUACCCACAGCAACAAGCUUUGUGUUUGUAGGGCUCAACUUUGCGAGUCAAUAUUUCAUUUUUCCCGGAAGUGUCUUAGGAAUACCCUGAAAUAUCACCUUGCCAUUUUCCCCCAUCUGAACAAGUUCUUAUUUCCUGUACUGCGGUCUGGACUGUUCAAAUGAUUGUCUGAAUUUCCCUGUCACAAAGCAGGCCUGUCCCAAUGCAGUGCAACUGGAGAAGAUAAGUGCUUCCUAAUGUGUUUCUUAUUGUGGAAACUGCCCUCCAGUUGUUCCAGAAUAAAUCAAUGCAGGGAAAAAAUACUCCACCAGGAACUGAAAAGAAGAAAAAGACGUGGCAUGGCUGAUGACUGACAUCACCCCAUUCCUUGCAGAACUGCUCUAACUUGUCAUAAAAUUCAUCCAGUCCUGUGCUAACAUUUAGCCAAUGAAAACAUCAUCCUUUAGGGAAACGCAUGCCAAAGUGGAAAUUCAUCAUUCCAUCACCAGAGGUCAUAAUGAUUUGUAAUUCAUAAUCGUAAAGAUUUUUUUUUCACGAAGGGAAAAGUGAAAAUAAAAGGUAAUAGUACCCACACAGCAUUUCCACUGGAAUUUUUUUGAAACGUUAUUUUUGUUCAUGAAUUUCAAUUUAAUAAUGAACUCAGUAGCUGAAUGACAAACUCUUUUGGAAUUGCCAUUGCCCUCUGAUGCAUAAGGUCUUGUGUGUGUUUUGUCUGUUUUUAUCUGCUCACUAAAAGUCCAGGAAUAUGAUUAUUUAGUUGAACACAAUCUUCAUCUGCCUCAGUUAAGAGAGUCCCCCUCCUCUUUGACAGAGGGUGAAAGUGGGAAACUUGAGGGGAUAAGUGAUCAAAUCAGUGUCACCUCAGUUGUCACCCAAGCCUGUGUCAUGUGCCAACAGACUUUUGUCUCAUUGCUGCCAUUUAUUCAACCUCAAUUGAAAAAAAAAAAACCAACGAAAAUUCUAUAAAAAGUAACAAAACAUGACAUAAAAAACUAAUACAAGGAUAUUCAGCUACCCAUGAACCCCAGGAAUUCGUAGGAUGGCACGCGCAGAAUAAAAGGGCUUUCCUAAGCUAGUAACCAACUCUACAGAUCUAUACAGUGUACAAAUGGUUGUAUGGGUCAGGGAAUGGUUCUUGUGAUGGAGGAACCUAAAGAAAUCUUUUCACAGACUUCUCAUUAUUAAAAUCAAUAGAAAAUCCCUGGAGUUAGCUCAGUCUAAGAGUCUGGUUGGUUCCGACCUGUGCGUCUGACAACUGUACCAGAGCUGUCCUUAUCUUGCCUUUGGUUGAACUCCAACCUGCUUGACUGAAAAAAAAAACCAUUCUAGUUCCCGAAGUUGCUUGUUUGACAUUCAAAUCAGAGUGCAAUUAUUUCUGUCCUUUGAGGCUUGGACUUUCAAAAGGUAAUUUUUCUUCUCUUUACCCUGGAACAUUCACUACAUCGUGUACUUUCCUCAGUUGUGCUGAAAUGUUAAAGGUGUUCAAUUCUUCACACCCCUUUUGAAACUUGCAGUCAGAAUGGCACAUAUGCUGAUCUUUUUGCAUCUUUUGUUUGUUGUUUUUUUCAUGUGUUUUUUAUUACAUUCAGAGUAUGACACACAAGCGUCAUCCACGUCGGAGUUUUUACUGAUGCUUCCAUGUUAUUCAGCAUUUUAUUUAAUUAACCCGUUCCUCUAGUAUGGUAAGGCACAUCCAAUAAACACCCCUGUCACAAGAAUUCAUCAAUCCACCCGUCUCUUUCAUCAUCUAGCGGGGUCGGUUGUUUUAAAUGCAGUACGUUGCUUUUGUUUGUUUGUUUGUUUUUGUUUUUUAAAUAAGACAGGCCUUGUUCCCCAUUUGAGAUCUCUUCCUGCCAGUAUUGGCAGACUUCGGUUUAAAUCAGUUGUAAGCCUUUUGAAUGACAUAAAGAAAAAGCCCUCAGGCUGGGAUUUCUCUUCUAAUUAAAAGGACUCUGGAUUUUGUAAAAAUGAACAAUUACUGUAGAUUAAGCCUAGGCCACUUCAGCUGUGUUUCCAUCUCAUUGUUGGGUCAUUAAAUAUCACUGUCUAUUUCAAUAUCAUUUGAGGAAAAGAUCUUUCCAGGCCAAUGCUCAUAUUCCUUUCAUAAAUCAGGAACUUUUUUCACUGCUUUUAUCUGAUAACCUUUUCACACCGGAAUUCCACACUACACAUUACAUGAUGAAUACGCUGUUUACUGUAAAGCUUAGAUUUAGACCAUAGGCCUGUAUAAAGAGUGCACACCAUGUCUGUGGCCUUUGUAUGUGUAUACGUGUACAUGUACAUUGUACACCACACAGGCACGCACCCAACCCUCCCAUAAUGUAUGCCUUUACUUGGCUCAGCAAAUCCUCUUUAACAAUGCAUGCAGGCUGGGUGCCAUUCUUGAUUAAGCAUUGGCUGGAGGGUAAUGAUCAGGCCACUGAGGCUGGGCCCUGAUUGGUCAGUUGACUGUGUGUCAUGCACAGGAUGCAUGCAUGCUGAGGGGACCAGGUCUGGCUUUAGCACAGCUAAUACAGGCGUGAUUAGAAUACAGUAGAUGUGCCAUGUGGGGAGAUUAAUCAUUAUACAUGUAAAUUUAUUGGCUCCUGCACACAGCAAUGACUACAUGCAGACUGAGGCUUUCACCAAACUCUCAUUAGACUGAAGAAAGAUCACUUUUUAUUUUGCAUUGUUCUGCUACACAUUUUGAAUUCUGGUGUCAUCUGUUGUCAUGAUGGAAAGAUAUCGGGUUCCAAAGCGCAAACCAAACUGGACAGACGCAGAGCACACCAUCAUACUGGACGCAUACGAAAAACACAAGGCUGUCCUGGCCUCGCGUGAGACGUCAUUCCUGAGCUGCCACGAGAAGAGCAAGUGCUGGAUGGAGAUCACCAAGCAGCUGAACCAGCUGAACCCAGCCGUGCGGCGGUCGGUGGAGGAGGUCAAGCGCAAGUGGCACAACCUCCUGGGCCAGGGGCGGCGUGACUUCUUUGACUGGAAGCGGGCCCAGCAGGAUCCCACACUGCCUCCAGUGGUGAUGCCAGCUAUCAGCCGUCGGGCCCUGGAGCUACACGGCGGCUUCAAAUUCGAGGACUUGCAGAACCGGCAGGACGGGGAGGAGUUUGUCUUCAUAGAUGCCAGCAGCUCUGACAUCGUUGAGGAUCAAGUGGUAGACGAGACCACAGACGCCCCUGAUGACAUAACACCUGAGAUGAUGAGCACACCACCACAAGACAGUGUGAAAGAAGAGUGUCCCAGUCCCUUGGUAAUCGAGGAUUCCUGCGAGGCAUCUUCUUACUCAACAUCCUCAAUUCCAAAUGCCUCACCUCCACCGCUGCCUGUGCCCACUCAGACUGCAGUUUUCUGGACCAGCACGAGCAGUCACCCCAGUAUGACUCCAGCCCCUCACAUCCAAUCUACAGCUGUCACCUUACAUGCUGCCCAGGCCAGUCAUGCGACUGGUUUAACAACAACUGGCGCCAGAAAUCGCUUCUCCCCUCAUUUGAACUCUGCUCCAUCAAAUCCGAGCCCGCAUCGACUGGCUGCACCAACGUCCGGUAGCUUGAAUCACCCAUCUGUGACCUCACCUGUUUCCGUGGCAACCAUCAGUCACACAUCUCCUGGUGUCGGCGUUCCCUCCUCAUUUGUAGAGCCUACAUCUUUGCUUGGUCAGGUGACCAUUCAGCCUUCGGAAUCUGCCAGAAAGAAGUUUCGGGGAUCGUCACAGUCCGAGCGGUCCGAGAGAGGGACGGGGCUUAAUGCUGAGAGGGAGGCUGAACUGCGCAUUGAUAUUCUACAAUUAGAGAAGGAAAAAUUGUGGCUGGAAACAGAGAAAUUGAGACUUGAAAUUGACAUUCUGCGAAAACAAAAGCAGAAGAUGAACAGUAACUUUUAACUUGUUCCAGCCAUUUCUGUGACGGACAGACGUCUCCAUCUUGAACCCCCAAAUACAACUGAACACAAAUAAAAAAAAAUUUCUGUGUUAUUUUGUAGGAUGAAUAUGUUGUACAUAGAAUAAUAUAAAGACCAAUUGCAAAGCUGAAUGAGAAAUUCAGACCUUUCACACUUUGCUGCUAUGACACUGAAAAUAGGAAAGUGAGCCCUCUGUUGACAAAAUUCUCCAGAGAGUCACAGGAUAUCUUGACUUGCGUAGCUGCAGAGCAAUAUAAAUAUUCAGUUUGCAAACAAAGGGUUCAAUUUUUCUCAAGUUAGAAGCAUCCACGAACUGUAAUUGGAUUUCUGCUAUAAAUAAAAAAGGUUUCUGCAUGUGCAGUAUUCUGAAUGAGUCAAGUGAGGUUUUGAGGACCAAAUCUUGAAAUUCAUGAGGAUGAUAGUUUUUAUCCUUAUAACUUUUUGCCUUAAGCACUGCCUGUUUUACUGAUGCAUGUAAUUAUUCACAUAUUAUUGAGAGUACACGUAUUGAAUUAUCAGUCAAGCUAUACAUGAAUUGGGGUAUGGAUAAAAACUAGAUACAAGUCCAGCAAAGUAAAUUGAACAACCUAGUAAACCACAGUCUACCAUUUUAUAUAUUAUAAUUUAAAAAAUGUAUGUAUUUAAUUCCUGCUGGAGGCUAUCGCCUGAUAGGCCAAGAGCCAACAAUGCAAUAGAAAGAGGACAGACUAUUGUUGCUUUCUGGGAUGCCACUGUCUCAUCUUAACGGAUGAUUGGAUUUAGAGGCGAAACCACAAAUGCAUUUAAUAAGAGUAUUUGACUGACUGAAAUCCGACCCAAUGUCUCCAGAAAUUAUUCACCUGGGCUUCCCUUCCACGCUAAUUGGAUUUGCGCAAGUCUACUCUCGGGCGGCAAUCAGGAUGCCUGGACUGUGCCACGAGGGGAAAAUUGGGAGACUUUUCUUUGUGUGAUCAGUGGGCAGUGGUGCAGGGCUAGGGAUGCCUGCUAGAUCGCGUGCCACAAAGAUUGAAGCACAUGUAUAAUGCACUUGGAUUAGACUUCAGUAAGUCUGUUGUGCAUUGCAUUUGGUAGGAUUGUUAGCCUAAUGCAUGUUGUCAUACGAGGAAGACGACAAGUGUGAUUGGAGGAUAUCCAUGUUGGCCUGAGACCCAUGGAGUCUGAAAGCUGUAGACAAGCUGAAGCUGUUCAUUUCAGCCGCAGCCUUGACAUUCUGCACUGAAAUUUAUAAGAAGUACAUAAUAAGCAACGGUAUAAUUUUUCCCAUCGUGUGUAAGUUGCAGCUCAAUUUUUCGACCACUUAUAUGGCAGUGGUAUUCCAAUCCAAAAGGCUGGAAAAUUUCUUUGGGAAUUAUUUGAAAAGGACAACCAGCACAUGUUGAAUUUAAAGACAAGAGGUGCAUGCACGCUCUUUGCUCUGUGUUCUGUGCUAUCCUCAAUUGAUAUCUUUUGACCUAUCGGUGUAUGUUGUUAACAAUGUGCAGAAAAUGCAUGUUCUUGCACACAAAGAUUUUAGGGUCCAGAAAUUAGGAUGUGAAGGCGUAGUCCACUAGGCAUGUGUUGGUGUCAAGCAAGGGCCGUUGAGCCACCAGCGGCCCAAGUUUGUGGCUGAAGUAUCAUUAAUGUUAGGGAGUUUAGGCUGGGUUGUGACCUACACGUACUGGAAAUGGUGGCUGAAAAAUGGCCCUCCUGUCAUGCUGAAUGGGGACUGGAGUACCAGAAAGCCUGAGAUGUGCUUGAGCGUCAGGCAUGAGUAGCAACUCGGCUUUGCUGUAACUCACAUGAGACACUCAAUGAAUGAAAUACUGCAGGUUACCGGACGAUGUGAGCAUCGCAGCUUCUUGGUUAUGAUGUUGCCACGAAGCAAAUAUGUCUAGCUGUCUUAAUACCGUGGAUGAAGUCUGUAGUGAAGUAUUAGUCAUAAAGGCUGGUUCACACUUGAGGCGGAUUGGAAAGCAAAGCGAAUUUGAUGUCACUAAACAUUUGCAGUGACAUUUGCUUGGACUUCAAUGUGUUCAGCUUCUCCGAAUUAGCUGCGGGAAUAUUUGAUCUGAUAUCACAAAAUCAUGUUCGCUUUCUCACCAAGCACGAACCAGCCUUGGGUGACAUUUGGUUUGCCCCCAUGCCAAAUGGAUUUCGACAAGUCUAGAAUUGCCACAGUUGUUUGAGCCACCUUUGGCAUGAAUCAUCACAGAUCCUUAUGAUGCCGAUGAGAUGUGAGCAAGCCUGGACAUCGGAUGAGGCCCUGCACACUGUGCGUUUUCCUGUGAACCACGUAAUACCCUGUAAUGCAGGCAGGACUGUCGGAAGUCUAGGGCUGGUAACCUGAGAAGCCCCCAGAUGGGGGCUCUGAUUGCAUGAAAUAUGAGCCAGUGCCAGAAAUUAUCCAAAUAUAGGCAUAGCGCCUGAAUGCCCCACAGAGCACAGCCCAGCCCAGCAGACAUCAUUAUGAAUGCAUGAGUGCCUGCAGAAAUCCAUGUACAUGUACACAGGGUGAAUGGGAGGCCUUUUGUCUGUUAUCCUUUCCCCCAUGUGUUCAGGCCUGUGUUAGUGUAGUACUUGUCAGCCCAACCCCACUGAGCAGUGUGUAGCAGUGGGAACUGUUGUUACUGCUGGUUCUUUGUGUUGGCUAGGGAAACAAAGCCCCUGUAAAUGUUGCAUCAUGCAUGAUUGGACCAAAAGCCACCCUCAACUGUCCUUUAUUGUUGACAGGCUGCCAGACUCCCUGUUUUUUUAUGUUUUCUUUCCUGCUAGGCUGUUUUUGACCAGACUAAGACAGUUGUAUUUGUCAGUGAAAAUCUUUGUUGUCAGCUAGGUUGGCCGUACAGAACAGGAAUUGAUCAGGGUAAAAAUACAGAAGUGAAACAGAUUUCAAAAGCCAUGGGUUGGUUGCAACAUUGUAUUCAUUUUGUGCUAAAUCUUAUUGAGAAUGUGGUUAAGUAUUUGUGUAAUUUAUCUUUGUGGCUUUGUGGCAAAACAAAUACUGAGACCACAUGGGUAAAUGUGUCAUUUGAUUCUCAAUCUUCCAAAGGCAGAACAGGAUUAAGCUGAUUAUAUAAACAGCUACUGAAUUAUUUACGACUGCAUGAUGGGGCAUUUACACACUUUAGUUUUUUACGCAUGUAAAUGUAUGUACAAAACUAAACCGUCAAGAUAAAUGCCGUUAAUUAUCAUUUAUGGCAAAAUUAUGAUAGAUUUUGGACCGUUUCAUGGCAAAUGAAAUCAUCAAGCCAAUGAAUGAUGGCUGUAGGCACUUGGCAAAAAAAAAGGUCCAAAUGAUGUUUACCAGUGCUGAAAGUCUAAGAUCUGCGCUCAUGGUGACAUGGAAGGCAAACCGGUCCACAGUCAGGAUUAUUGUGCCUUUUCCUCAGCCAGUUUGGCCUUCCAUAAGUGCUUGUGGUGUAGAAAUGAAAGCAAUGGAUUGACCCUACAAUUAAGAAUGGAAUUUUUUAUUUUGAGAUAGAAAUUGUGUCUGCACGACCUUGGAAAGGUGUGCAUGUUCAUGGAGAUACCCCCUUCAGACUCCUUCAUAGUGCUGUACUGAGGUUUGCUAACAUAGUAACAGCGGAUUGAAGGGGUCUGGGUUUCUCAAAAAGAUGUUGAACAUUCCUAUCCUUGAAAAAUGCCAUUAUUCUAGAAUACAUCCUUCUUAUCUUAUAUCUCAAGAUUGGUCUUAUUUUUCCAAUGUACAUGUAGUGUACUUGAGUGCAGUCUCUGCAUUUGAUAAAAAAACAUGCCCCACCUCCCUCCCCCCCCAAAAAAAUAUCAUUGACUUUGAAACCUUGGACAUAACUUCCCCAACAAAUAUCACGGAUAUGCCACUUUGGUAGUGUUCAAAAUUUGCAAGAAAUUUCACAAAAAUACAUAUUCACAUGUGUUUCAUGCCUUUAGCUGCAUGGUUCUGUUGCAAACUAUAGUCACUGUCAAUGAGGUGGUAAUUGUUAGUUGGACGUCCCCUUUGGCUAAAUCUGUGCCUCCAUUUUCUUCCCUCCUGGAAUAUUUGGGUGUCCCAUUCAAUUAACUCAACAUUUGGCUUGGGCUUGGCUGUAAGUGUGUCUAUAGAGAAAAUGGGCUUUUUUGUGCCAGCUACAUUAUCAGUUUACUAUUUGCAAUGUCUGGUGUGCCGCCUUUGUC